UGUUGCCCAGGCACUCAAGAGGUCUGCCUGCCCUGGCCUCCCAAAAUGCCAGGAUUACAAGCCCCAGCCUCUGUGCCCGGCCAUGAGUGAACAUAGUAGAAAGCGGAGACAAUGUGCGGGAUGUUUGGAGUGAAAAGGACUUGCUCCUGUUCUCUUAGGAUGGACAAUGCUACACACAAUCGUAAAUCACAGGCUACAGGAGAGGCACCCAAUCCUGCAGGACACUUCAACGUUCCAGAUCAGAGGGGAACGAGAGAUCAGAACUGGAGGUCCCUUUUCUGAGCCCCUAAGUGUGGUGGUCCACGUCACUCUCUCUGCAUGCAGCAGACACUAAAUAUUUCACCUUCUCUAGACGACAGCAGUUCCUCAAGACCAGGAGCGCUGGGAUAAUGCAUAUAAAGCUCUUAGCACAGUGUCUGGCACCCCUUCGAUGAUGGUGAUAUCAUCAAUUUUCUUACUCCUUUGAAUUACUGGCCAGAGCUGGCAGGGAACUUUGUACACAUCAGGCACAAAAAACCCGCCCAUGCAGUCUGUGAUCAAGAAGCUCGCGGCACUCUGACAGUCCACGACAAAGCAGUUCCCCUUCUUUCUAACACAGCGAGGGUCCGUAAAGGAGAUUAUCCACAAGGACUAGCUGAGUGGAUAAAGAGACAGCCUAGCUGAGUGGCUGACCCUUCCAGACGGAAGGCUGCGCCUCUUUACAACUGCGCUGCGGUUCCCAAAGUCGGCCUCAGCUUGGCCCUUGGCUGGAAGCUUGUAGAAAAGUUUCUGGGUCAGCAGACCUCACAGGCAAGGGUCCCCUAGCCGGCCACCCCAGCUAGGCACCAAGGCAAGAAAGCGGGGGGCCUCGUUAGCGUCGCUGGAAAACCAUUGAAACAUCCCCGCUGCUUGGCCGCCAGGCCGGCAGGUGCAGGUGUCCGGCCGGCUCCCCGCAGCCCGCCCAUCCCCCGCGCCCCGCGCUGCAGUUCCCUCUGCGCAGCCCGGUCUGAGUGAGCCUGUGCCGAGGCGCCCGGCAGCCCGCUCUCCAUGUGACUUCAGUUUCCGUCUGUUCCUUCCGCUGGUGCUAAAAUAAUCUGAUGCCCCACAGAAAGGAGGGAGCCCAGCCCCGCGUUCGGCUGCUCUCGAGGAGGCCGGAGCCCCGGAGAGGAUGCGCCCCGCGGAGCCGCCUGCGCCUGCGGGAGCCGGCUGCCCUUGAGAUGGAGUUGCUGCCCCUUUGGCUCUGCCUGGGUUUUCAGUUCUUGACAGUGGACUGGAGGGACAGAAGUGUAACGGCCACAGCAGCUUCCCAACGGGGCUGUAAGUUGGUGGGUGGAGACACUGACUGCCGAGGGCAGAGCCUUGCUUCGGUGCCCAGCAGCCUCCCGCCCCAAGCCCGGACGCUCAUCCUGGAUGCCAACCCUCUCAAGGCCCUGUGGAAUCACUCCCUCCAGCCUUACCCUCUCCUGGAGAGCCUCAGCCUGCACAGCUGCCACCUGGAACGCAUCGGCCGCGGCGCCUUCCAGGAGCAAGGCCACCUGCGCAGCCUGGUCCUGGGGGACAACUGCCUUUCAGAGAACUACAAAGAGACGGCAGCGGCACUCCACACCCUGCCAGGCCUGCAGAGGCUGGACUUGUCAGGAAACUCCCUGACGGAGGACAUGGCGGCCCUCAUGCUCCAGAACCUCUCCUCGCUGCAGUCCGUGUCCCUGGCGAGGAACACCAUCAUGCGGCUGGAUGACUCCGUCUUCGAGGGCCUGGAGCGUCUCCGGGAGCUGGAUUUGCAGAGGAACUACAUCUUUGAGAUUGAGGGAGGUGCUUUUGACGGCCUGACUGAGCUGAGACACCUCAACCUGGCUUACAACAACCUCCCCUGCAUUGUGGACUUCGGGCUCACACAGCUGCGGUCUCUCAACGUCAGCUACAAUGUCCUGGAGUGGUUCCUCGCAGCCGGGGGAGAGGCUGCGUUUGAGCUGGAGACGCUGGACCUGUCUCACAACCAGCUGUUGUUUUUCCCGCUGCUGCCGCAGUACAGCAAGUUGCAUACCCUCCUGCUGCGUGACAACAACAUGGGCUUCUACAGGGACCUGUACAACACCUCGUCGCCAAGGGAGAUGGUGGCCCAGUUCCUCCUUGUGGACGGCAAUGUGACCAACAUCACCACCGUCAACCUCUGGGAAGAAUUUUCCUCCAGCGACCUCGCAGCUCUCCGCUUCCUGGACAUGAGCCAGAACCAGUUCCAGUACCUGCCAGAUGGCUUCCUGAGGAAAAUGCCUUCCCUCUCCCACCUGAACCUCAACCAGAAUUGCCUGAUGACGCUUCACAUUCGGGAGCACGAGCCCCCUGGAGCACUCACCGAGCUGGACCUGAGCCACAACCAGCUGUCGGAGCUGCACCUGACUCCAGGGCUGGCCAGCUGCCUGGGCAGCCUGCGCUUGUUCAACCUGAGCUCCAACCAGCUCCUGGGCGUCCCCCCUGGCCUCUUCGCCAACGCCAGGAACAUCACUACACUUGACAUGAGCCACAAUCAGAUCUCACUUUGUCCCCUGCCAGCUGCCUCGGACCGGGUGGGCCCCCCUAGCUGUGUGGAUUUCAGGAAUAUGGCAUCUUUAAGGAGCCUCUCUCUGGAGGGCUGUGGGCUGGGGGCAUUGCCAGACUGCCCAUUCCAAGGGACCCCCCUCACCUCCUUAGACCUCUCAAGCAACUGGGGGGUUCUGAAUGGGAGCCUCGCCCCACUCCGGGACGUUGCCCCCAUGUUACAGGUCCUGUCUCUCAGGAACAUGGGCCUCCACUCCAACUUUAUGGCACUGGACUUCUCCGGGUUUGGGAAUCUGAGGGACUUAGACCUGUCGGGAAAUUGCUUGACCACCUUCCCAAGGUUUGGGGGCAGCCUGGCCCUGGAGACCCUGGAUCUCCGUAGAAACUCGCUCACAGCCCUUCCCCAGAAGGCUGUGUCUGAGCAGCUCUCGAGAGGUCUGCGGACCAUCUACCUCAGUCAGAAUCCGUAUGACUGCUGUGGGGUGGACGGCUGGGGGGCCCUGCAGCAGGGGCAGACGGUGGCCGACUGGGCCACAGUCACUUGUAACCUCUCCUCCAAGAUCAUCCGCCUGGCGGAGCUGCCCGGGGGUGUGCCUCGGGACUGUAAGUGGGAGCGGCUGGACCUGGGCCUGCUCUACCUGGUGCUCAUCCUCCCCAGCUGCCUCACCCUGCUGGUGGCCUGCACCCUCAUCGUCCUCACUUUUAAGAAGCCUCUGCUUCAGGUCAUCAAGAGCCGCUGCCACUGGUCCUCUGUUUACUGACCUGCCUGUGUGCCAAGACUCGAAACUUGGUCUGCACACGACAGGACAUUUUCUCUUCUCUCUGCUAGCUUUCAAGAUGUGAUGCAGAGGCCAAGUCUGACGAAUUGAAGUUUCAAUUAAAAUUUAAAAUGUUUCCAUUCCUCAUCUCCACUCCCCACCCCCCACCCAAGUUCUUUUUCCAUCAUUAUAAUUCAUCCUUAUUAUCGCGGUAAAAUAUUUAUUAGGUGACAUUUUAUAGAAAUAAAAGGCAACGUGUCUCAUAAAUAUUUUUUAAAUUAAA